AUCAAAUUGAUCAUUUUCUUCACAAUGGUUCAAACUUUCUUCUUUAGAUAAGUCUUCUUAUCCUAUCCUUCUCUACUAUCAUAUUUCACAACCCUCUACUCAAUUUGCUUUACUUUAGUGCCAGAGAUUAAAUGGAAAAAGUGGAAGAUAUUGUGAUUGUCGGAGCUGGGAUUGCAGGCCUCACAACUUCUUUAGGACUUCACAGGCUGGGAAUUAGAAGCUUGGUGCUGGAAUCAUCAGAGAGUUUGAGGGUCACUGGAUUUGCCUUCUCAACCUGGAGUAAUGCCUGGAGGGCCUUGGAUGCUCUUGGAAUUGGUGACUCUCUUCGCCAACAACAUCUACGCAUACAAGGAAUAAUAGUUACCUCCUCUACAUCAGGAAAACCCUCUUCAGAGAUAUCCUUGAAGGUCAAACGCGAAUAUGGAGAAAAUGAAGUUAGAUGUGUGAGAAGGAAGUUGUUGUUGGAAGCACUUGCAAGGGAACUCCCUAGUGGCACCAUCAGGUUCUCCUCAAAGGUGGUUUCUGUAGAGGAAUCAGGCUUCUUCAAGCUGCUGCAUCAAGCUGAUGGAAGUAUCAUCAAGACCAAGGUGUUGAUUGGGUGUGAUGGAGUGAAUUCAGUGGUGGCAAAAUGGCUUGCCUUCAAGAAACCAGCUUUUGUAGGAAGAAAUUCCAUCAGGGGAUUCUUAGAGUUCAAGGACAGUCAUGGCUUUGAACCCAGAUUCCCGCAGUUCUUUGGAAAAGGCAUUCGAUCCGGUUUCCUCCCUUGUGAUGAUAAGACUGUUUACUGGUUUUUCACUUGGUGUCCAUCCAGCCAAGAUAAAGAAGUAGAGGAUGAUCCUGCUAAGAUGAAGCAAUUCGUGUUGCAAAAGUUUCACGACUUUCCUGAUCGAGUAAAGGCUGUUGUCGAGAACACUCCACUGGACAGUAUAAUAUGCUCACCACUAAGGUCAAGAUAUCCAUGGGAACUUCUAUUUGGAAACAUUAGCAAAGGCAAUGUCUGUGUAGCUGGAGAUGCCCUUCAUCCCAUGACACCAGACAUUGGCCAAGGUGGGUGCUCAGCCUUAGAAGAUGGCAUUGUUUUAGCCAGGUGCAUUGCAGAGGCCCUAAAGAAAAAGUCUAGCCGAGAGAUUGAAGAAUCAGCCAUAGGUGAAUUGCAGAAGGAUGAGUUUAACAGAAUUGAAAUGGGACUGAAGAAGUUUGCCAAAGAGAGAAGAUGGAGAAGCUUUGAUCUCAUCACAACAGCCUUUGUGGUUGGUUGUAUACAACAAAGUGAAGGGAGGAUUAUGAACUUAUUGAGAGACACCAUAUCUACAUAUCUAGCUGACUUGUUGAGUAAGAAAGCUGAUUUUGAUUGUGGAAAGCUCACCAUUUCUCCUGUAGAUAAAGAACUUGAAAGCAAUCCAGCUGAGAUGAAGCAAUUUGUGUUGAGCAUGCUCAAUAACUUACCUGACAAAGUUAAGGCUGUUUUAGAAAACACUGCACUGGAUAGUUUUAUAUCCUCACCACUAAGAUACAGGCACCCCUGGGAGGUGCUGUGGGGAAACAUUACCAAAGGCAAUGUUUGUGUGGCUGGAGAUGCACUGCAUCCUAUGACACCAGACCUUGGCCAAGGAGGGUGUUCAGCUUUGGAAGAUGGCGUUGUUUUAGCCAGGUGUAUUGCAGAAGCCUUAACUAAAACCCAGCAAAGGAAGGUAGGAGAAACAGCUGCAGGUGAAUUAGACAAGGAUGAAUUUAGGAUGAUUGAAAUGGGAUUGAAUAAUUUUGCAAAAGAGAGAAGACGGAGAAGCUUUGAGCUCGUCAGCACAGCCUAUGUAGUUGGUUUUAUGCAGGAAAGUAAAGGGAAGAUCAUGACCUUCUUGAGAGACAAGAUUUUCUCUGCAUUUCUUGUUGGAUUGUUGAUUAAGAGAGCUGAGUUUGACUGUGGGAAGCUCAUCAUUUCCUGAUUGCCGAUCAGAUGGAGCAUCAAAAGGUCAGUAUAAGUGUGAAGUCAAAAUGUUCCUGGUAGCUACUGCCUAUAAUUUCAAUACUAUAU